CAGGCUGCGCUGUUCUCCCUGACAUACACUCGCGCGUACACACACACACGCGCACACUCACAGAGGCGGACAGACAUGCACACACACACAUACGAGUGCAAAUCCUCUUACAACUCGCCAGUGCCCGGAGCAGAUUAAGGGGCUGCACAUCUCAAAUUGUAUUCCAAAUGUGCCACCUUUGCAUGGGUCUCCUUCCUCUUCUUCUUGCACUUUCUCCUCUUCUUCCUGUGCCACAACGGGACUUCUCCUCUGCACCUGCUUCUGCUGCUGCUGCUGCUUCCUCCUCCUCCUCCGCUCCUUCUUCAACCUCUGGCAACUGGCCCGUUUGCCUCUGCAGCUGAGAUGACCAGGCGGCCAGCCUGAGGCGAGAAGGGAAGAGACUCACACAGGCACAAGUGUAGAGAAGGAGGGAGAAAGAGAGCAGAGAGAGGGGGACGAGAAAACAGAGAGAGAACAGGCUGAAAAGGUAGGAAGUGAAGGAUUAAUUCAGAUCUGAGAGCGCCUCUGGACUAAGGGAAGACAGGCAAGGAAGGAAGGAGGGGAGGGAGACGGGGGUCAGCACGGCCAGGCUAGGAGAAUUGGAGGUGGAGGAGGGGGAGGAGGAGGAGGGGAGGAAGAGGAGAGUUACAGUUCAGAGAGGAGAUAAAGAGGUGGGGGGAAAGAGAGGAAAAAGAGCUGAGCGUUGACCAUGAAGGCUCUGUUGCUGCUGGUUCUGCCCUGGCUCAGCCCGGCCAACUACACAGACAAUUUGGGCAACCUGCACAUCCUCUAUUCAGAACUGUGUAAAGGCGCUUCUCACUAUGGGCUCUCGGCGGACAGGAAGCGACGUUCGCAGGAGGGUGAAUGCACCGACAGCACGUCAGAGCUCACCAUCGCCACACUGCCCAAUGAUGGCCCCACCUCCGCCGCUGUGGCCCUCCUGUCAGACGAACCCGGCCUGGUCAACCCGGCCUUCGACCCCAGCAUGGAGGACAACAGCCAGUCGGGCAGCACGACCAGCCUGGCGGCUCGCAGCAGCAGCAAGAAGAGUGAGUUCAGAAACUUUGACCGUUCUUCAGUGAGAAGCCGCUCCUUCAGGAGGUUGAACCGGGCCUUCAGCGUUCUUCGGAGGACCAAGAGUGGCAAUGCAGUCAGCAACGAGACGUCCGAGGAGCGAGACAACGCCAGGAAUUCCAGUGUGCCACAAGAAGUGCUGCCUCUUCCUCAGCUGCAUCACCUGAUCCCUGACGGUGAGGUUACCAGUAUUAAGAUCACGCGGGACGAUCCGUCCGAUCCGCUGGCCAUCAGCAUCGUCGGCGGUAGCGAGACCCCUUUGGUUCGCAUCCUCAUCCAGGAUAUCUAUAGAGAAGGCGUCAUAGCCCGAGAUGGACGCUUGCUGCCUGGGGACAUGAUUCUGAAGGUAAAUGGCAUCGACAUCAGCAACGUACCCCACUGCUUCGCCGUGGCAACCCUCAAACAACCCUGCCAACUCCUCCGGCUAACAGUUCUCAGAGAACAGCGCCAUCGAUACCGCUCGCACUCACACGGCCACCAGCAUGGCCACGGACACGGCCUCGACAUCGCCAGCGGCCACCUGUCUCACGGCCUGCCCCACCAUCCCAUGAGAGACGACAGCAUCCACGUGGUCCUGAAUAAAAGCACUCCAGAGGAACAGCUGGGCAUCAAGCUGGUGCGGCGGCCAGAGGAGCACGGCGUCUACAUCUUUCACUUGCUGGAGGGGGGGCUGGCGGCACGUGAUGGACAGUUGUGCGUAGCCGACCGCGUGCUGGCCAUCAACGGGCACGAUCUACGCUAUGGAGCGCCCGAACACGCUGCACUGCUUAUUCAGGCGAGUGAGGAGCGUGUCCACUUCAUCGUGUCUCGUCAGAUCUGCCUGCCCACCCCAGACAUCCUACAAGAAGCUCCGUGGGCCAUGGAUGGUCCCCCACCGUAUUCCCCUGUGGAUAUAGAGCAAACACUGCUGGACUCUUGUCAGAAGCCUGCAUGCUAUGAGAAGACAGUUACUCUAAGUAAGGAGCCGUAUGAUUCCCUGGGUAUGACGGUGGCGGGCGGCAUGUCCAGCCGAGGGUGGGACCUCCCCAUUUACGUCACGAACGUGGACGCUGAUGGAGUGGUGGGACAAGAAGGCUCCAUCCGUAAAGGUGACAUUUUGUUAAACGUGAACGGGAUGGACUUGACGGGGGUGACGCGAGGUGAAGCCGUGGCCAACUUGAAGAACACCUCCUCUCCCGUUGUGCUCAAGGUCUUGGAGAUGCGUCCUCCGGAUGAAAGCCUGCAAGAGUGCACGCUGCCACCUUGUCUCACACCAUCGCCCACAGAUAGCACCAAGAGUCCGGUGCCCAAUGACGAUUACUCCCCACUGUGGGUGUCAUGGCUGCAGCUACCCAGGCAUCUCUACUGCUGCAAAGACAUUGUCCUGCGGCGGAGCACUUCAGGCAGCCUGGGCUUCAGUAUUGUGGGAGGUCAGGAGGAGGUCAACUGCAAUCAAUCCUUUUUUAUCCGGUCCAUCGUGGAGGGGACACCAGCCUACAAUGACGGCAGGAUAAGGUGUGGGGACAUCCUGCUCGAGGUGAACGGGAAGAGCACUUGGGGAAUGACCCACACAGCUUUGGUUCGCCUCCUGAAGGAGCUCCGGGGCAGAAUCACCCUGACCAUCGUCUCGUGGCCGGGCAGCCUGCUGUAGCAGUGCUCCAAGCGAUCCAGCGCUGCUUUAGUGGCACUGACCGAGGAAUGUGGAAGCUUUGGACUGGCUGACCACCUCGAGCUUGGUGUGUGGGAGAAGCUUAGAAUAGUUCUGUAGCUGUUUGGAUAUCUCACUUCUGAUGGACAGCUGAGACUUGGACAGCUGAGACUUUGCCAGGAGUUUGAAGGGGGGACAGAGAUGAGACUGGAUUGUGACCAGUGGUUAACUUGCCCCUCAUGAGAACGCUGAACUGGGAGGAUCCAGGCCUGAGCCACUUCUAACACGGAUGUUGGGCGUUUUCUGUUUAGAGGACAUGGUCAUUCUCUGGAACAGCAUCCAGCCAGUGGGGGUGAGAGGAUCGAGAGGAGACACAACACGUUGCCAAUUCCAGUAGUUAUACUGUAUAUUACGAUAUGCGUUAAGCUGGACACACAUUUCUUUACUGUAAAUGUUGGGUGUCUAAAAAAGUACUGAUCCAAGCACUUGUAAUAUGUUUUUUUUUUGUUUGUUUGUCGUAUGGCCUUUAAACGUAGGCUUUAUUCUGUUUGUACUGACAGUGGUUGUCAUCUUCAUCCGUUGACCUGAGAACACUUUGCCGAGUAGUAGUCUGUGAGGUUUUUUUCUGUUAUUUCAGAAGCUAUGGCUAAAUUAUCAAACCACUGGCAAGAAAAUAUAAGAAAAAAAUAAAGGAUCAAUGUGUUCAUAACAUGUUAAAAAAUAAUAUUUAAUUAGGUGACAUUGUGGAGGCCUUACUAAUUUUCUUACUUUUAAGAAAAAAAACAAACUGACUUAGUUUCUGUGUAUCAGUGGAUGGUCUGAGGUUCAUCUGCUGUGGUUCUGUCUGUCACACUUCGGCCUGUGUAGUAUAUCUGAUGGUACAUUUGGUUAAAUGAUCAAUAAAGUCAUUUGAAAAUGA